AUGAAGAACUCCAAAUGGAGGAAAGACAUGGAUGAAACGGUCUUCAUCGAUAAGUAUGGAGGCAAGGAGGGGGCGAGCUUAUUUGGGGUGUUCGAUGGCUUCCAUGAGGCAAGUUCAGCACUGAUAGCAUCGAGGGAAUUGCCAUUACUAGUUCUUGACCAGCUCUCCAAAGAUGACCCUUCAUUCGUCUUGGAGACAUUCGCAGAGACAUUCUGUCCCGCUUUGAGGGUCUCUGUUAUGGGGAGAGCAUGGACACAAAUGCCCCUCUGACCGGGUGCUGAUUCAGAAUCACAGCAGGAUAAUUCAGUCGAAAUGGGACAGGCCUUUCACACUGCCUUCCACGGGACGGAGUGCAUUCUCACACCGGGGAGAAAUGAAACAUCAAGAAUCCGCCGGAGUGGUUGCACAGCCGUGGUCUGCCUUAUUGAAGACUGGAAAAAUCCGGGAAUGGCUUCUUCUAGUGGAAUGAUUACGAUUUCUAACUGUGAGAAAACCUUCCGACUGACCCAAGACCACAGCACAUCCAACUUUGAAGAACGUCAGCGCAUUAUCCCAAACGGAAGGGCUCAUCAAGGCCACGGCCAUUUCAGAGACCAAAGACUCAAAAAAUCUGUGAUCCCUGUGCCUUUUACACUUUGUCUGCCUAACGAUCCCUCUUUCCACCCACUGGUUCUUGCCUCCAGUGGUGUCUGGGAUGUGCUCAAUGAAAGGGUGACUCAUCAGAUUGUGAAGACGGUUACUGACAAGACUAAGAGGUCAUUGUCUCCCAGAGAUUUGAGACCUGGCCAAACCUGA